AUGAAUGGUCUAAGUGCUCUUUUCUGGCUGACCGUUGUGGUCCUCUGCGAGCCCUUCCUUACACAAGCCAGGAGGUUACACUUCGGACGAUGUUCACUGACUGCUAACAUAGCCGAAAUCCAGCAGGCAUUCUCAGACAUCAGACGGCCAAUUCAAAUGGAAGACACAGCUGAUGAUGUGAGGCUUCUGACCAAAUCUGCAUUACAAGGGAUCCAGGCAGAGGAGAGCUGCUGUUUUCUGCGCCACAUGUUGCAAUUCUACGUGGAGACUGUCUUCAAACAUCACACUCCAUCCAGCUCCCUCAUCGAGAGGAGGACCAACACUUUGGCCAACUCCUUCCUCAGCAUCAAGCGAGAUCUUCGGCAAUGUCAUGCAGAGAUGAAGUGUCAUUGUGGAGAAGAAUCCCGAGCCAAGAUGAAGACGAUACAAAAUACCUUUGAAAAUUUGACACUCAGGGCAGCUGCUGUUAAAGCUAUUGGUGAAAUUGACAUUCUCAUAGAAUGGGUGGAACAAGAUCACCAGAACUAA